AUGUCUCAAACUGUUCACACUUACUUGCAACAGCGGCAGAACGAGCCAGAGCAGGACUGUGGGGAUGAAGAAUCCGACUUUGCCUUGACACAGCUACCAGACGACAUUCCCGUCUACCGAUAUCAAAGCUUGCCCCAAUUGGCAGCGAUAGCCUAUACUGUUGAUAAUGAAAGUGGAUACUGCGUCUUUCUGGGUGUCCCUCAGAGUGAUAUUAGUGAAAAGCGUGAAGCAAUCACCUUCAAAAGUAUCACGUUUUAUCCCAGAUACAACGUACUCAUAGGAAAGAUGCCAAGGCGAUAUCACGAAGCUGCCAUCAAUUGGCUACAUGGCGACCUAGUCGUGAAGGUGGAACAAAUGGGAAUGCGAUUCAUAUUGCAGCUAAAGAGCGUGGGUGCAAGCUUGAUCGCGAACAGGGAGCCUGAUUAUUGCAUUAGGCCCAAAAGCCUUCCUCAUGGAAGGCCUAUGACAUGGCCAAGCUUGGUCGUCACAACAGAGAGUCAGGAGAUCUUGCGGGAUGACCCAUAUUGGUGGACUCAGCAGUCUAACCACGACGUGAAGGUGGUGAUCACCAUUACAGUAUCAAGGACCAAGAUUACCAUCAAGAGGUGGGAUGAGCAGGCGCUACUCAAAGAGGACAUUGCGGUGGAAAGGUACCGGCAACAGCCUGUCAUGGUGAUGGGCCAUCCUCUGCGGAUACCUUUCCAGGAUCUGUUUCUGCGAGACCCUAUAGGAUAUCAGGGCGACUUGUUAUUCGGCGAGUAUGAUCUGAAGGAGUGGGCUGAGAGCAUUUGGCAGGAGUUCUAG